AGAACGCACAGUAGAGUGAAAGUCUAACAGGCGCUGAACACGUUCUCAGCCUGUCCAACGAGAUUUGUUUUGACAAAGACCGACACAAGAAGUUAUUCAGGACAGUCUAAUACAUCAACUGGGUUCGUUUGUGGUUUUAAUACUAUUUGGACCUUCGUAGCCUGUCAGCGCACGGACUGUCAGCCUGGACCACAACUCACUCUACCUGCAAGGAGACAAUUGACACUGCAGUGAGUGGACAGACCUUAUAGACUUUUCUGUUUGGAAAUCAAUGCACCCUGUCAACGACGGUGUCUUGUUCAUUCAAUAGGUUACUACAUUGACUUUCUAUCGAAGUGUUAAGCGAAUUCAGCAUCAACGACUCUAUGUCUACAAAAAUGGAGCAGCUGUUUUAUCACGACGACUCUUUUCUCUUGUCUUACGGCCAUUCAGAUGCUGCAUUGCACGACUACAAACUGCCAAAGGAGAAUAUGAAUGUCAAUUUCACUGAACCUUAUAGGAACCUAAAACUACGAGCUGACGCGGAACUCUAUCAAGCCUCAAACCAUGACCUCGGUUCGCUCAAGCUCGCCUCUCCGGAACUCGAGAGGUUGAUCAUCCAAAACGGCAACGGUGUUAUCACAACCCCUACCCCGGGCCAGUACCUCUACGGCAGAGGCAUCACCGACGAACAGGAGGGAUUCGCGGAGGGUUUCGUCAAAGCCCUAGACGAUCUUCACAAGAUGAACCAGAUGCCCCCGCCCAACGUGUCUAUUGGAGCCGGUGGUGUGACGACGUGUUCCGCGGCAGCCCCCGUGUUCGGCUCCUCCCUGCAGCCCGAGCCUCCCAUAUACACAACACUCAACACCUAUUGUCCCGGCGGCAGCCUCGCUUCCUCAUCCAGCUAUCCCUCCACAACAAUCAGCUACCUGCCUCCGCACCCUCACCAAAACCACCACCAAGACGCUUCCACGCACGCCUCGCAUACGUUCCCGCACUCUCUUCAAGCAGCUGGACUGCAUCCACAGCGUCUCCUGGCUUUGAAAGAAGAGCCUCAGACCGUGCCUGACAUGCACAGCAGCGACUGCUCACCUCCCAUGUCCCCGAUCGACAUGGAAAACCAGGAAAGGAUAAAGGCGGAGAGGAAGAGGCUGAGGAACCGAUUGGCAGCGACCAAGUGCCGGCGGCGCAAGCUGGAACGCAUCGCCCGAUUGGAGGACAAAGUGAAAGGGCUGAAGUCAGACAACGCUGGACUGUCCAGUACGGCCUCGGUGUUGCGGGAACAAGUCGCCCAACUCAAGCAGAAAGUCCUGAGACAUGUAAGCAGCGGCUGUCAGCUUAUGUUGACAAGCAAAAUGGAGGCGUUUUAGAUGACACAAAAAAGGCCAAGAAGAAUCAACACUGGAGGUAUAAGACUGGUAAAGGCCUACAGAUUUUAGUUGUUCUGACGUCUAUGUCGACAGACCUAAAAUAACCUAUAACGUGGGACUGUGAGAAAUGGUACGUCGGUGCUGCGCGCCGUGAAUGGGACCAUGAUGAGAGGAGCAGCUGUGGCUGUGUAAUGGUCUAGCUGUAGCACAAGAAUGGGACAACGCAUAGGCUACCUCGGAUGAACAAGUGGCGAACCGGUCGGCACAUAUAGCCUAUGUUGAUCAUCUAGUGUGUCUAGAUCAAAUGGGACUAUUUGUAUGUCACAAAUGCAAAUGAUACUGUCAUGCAAUACUGCAUUAUGAAAUGUGUAAAUUAUUUUUGUUCGUCAGGUUGAUCCUGACCAACUUUAACAAUGUCAUAUGUUUACGUUUUUUAUUGAUGUUUGUGCGCUGUUUAUUUAAGUAAAAUUUGACAUAAAACUGA